CUUAUUUAUUCAGGUACAUGUUCCCGUCUCCUUGCAGCAUAAACCACGUGGUGCAAAGACGUGACAAGCUCCUCCCACCUGCAUACUACUAAGGCUAUUAAAGGCUUACUCUGCCCCUCCGCUCCCCAUCCCAGCUCCACUAUAUUACCAUCUUGCUCGUCGACCUGAUUUGAUGAACCGUAUUUCUGUUCAAUGCGGCUCUGGGCAACACUAUAGACUGGUAUACCGGUUUCUACCAAGUGCCUGAUUUACGUUCCAUUUCAACCGCUAUCGUCCCGGCACUACCUAGCCGAAAGGUCAAAGGGCAACCCUGAGGUGUUACUAGACACUAGGGGGUUUCCACGUUUGGUGCUUAUCUUUAAGUACCCCAAGUGUAUUGCCGUCGAAACGUGUCGCCGAACACCUGGCAGUUCUUGGCCUUAGUGUAAACAGGAAUACUCGAAGGUCAUGGCAUUCCCUCCUCCCCAUGGGGGACCAUCGUCUUUCAACUUCUCUAUGGCUUUCCAACCAUCGCAGUCCCACCCAGCACGCCACACUUCUUCAUCAAGUGCUGCGGCCGGCGCCCGAGGGUCUGUACCGGAUGCCCCUAUAUCGAAUUCGUUCUUGCCUGUGCAAGAAGAUCAAUUCGACAUCUUCGAGUGGUAUCCACACUUCCAGUCUUGUCUGCGCUACUUCCUCGACCAUGCGCAAUAUUCAAUGCCAGUCCAGGCUCUGGCUGCCUUUAUGAAUAUACAGCUCCCAGUUCAAAGAUCGCAGCAUCCCGUCUUUGGGGCGAAAGCGUGCGGCUCGCCUUCAGCGGGCCCGUCAUCAUCAUCCCGCACGGCAGGGAAACUUCCUAUGCCGAACCCGCCUCCGAGUCCCAUUUCUUUAAAUCCUUACAUACGACGGCUAGUAGCGACUGGCUUCGACGUACCCGCGGUACUGCAUGGAUUCUUUGGGGACAAUUGGGCGAAGGGUAUCGGUCACAUUCACGAAGUCGAGCGAAGGAACUACUUAUUUGCUGCCAAGAGCGCGAGCUGGGUGGAUGUCAAGUCACACUACGAUAUGGACGACGAACAGAGUGUUCCGUUCCUCCGGCCGUUACAGAACGUCUCGGAGACCGAGAUCGUGAGCGCAGAAAAAAAUUGGAGCGAAUGGCUUGCGAUGCAGGAUUGGAUGUUAGGACCCCGGUCUCUCGAGAGUAUCCAUGGGCCACUUGGUGAAAAGUCGGAAGAUUUCUGAGGGGUGCCACAUUAGAUCUGCUAUCAUGACUGGUGGCGAAAGACAGACGAGAUAUCCGUCUUGGUGGUGAAAAACGAGGCUUGGCGACCCAGUACGGUGUGGUAUUCAGGUCUGUCAGUCUCGCCAACUCUGCCGCAAACAUUCAAGAGUUGCACGAAGCAGGAGCGUUCCUCCACUAUCAAGACAAGACGCCAGUGUUGGCCGUGUUGAUCAUAGCUCCAAUCAAUCAUAGAUCUACCGAUUUUGAUGUACAAAGUGGACUUAACAAAGUUUGGGGGCGCAUAAGCACGUGUCACUUGCCGCAUCAAAUACUUCUCUAAUACCCUCAGGUGGCUCAUGCAA